AUGUCUUUCGACCGUCUGAACUCGCUGGAGUCCCAGCCCACUACUAUGCGCCGAUCCGAUGAUCCGCAGUAUCGCGACGACCCCGACUUCCACCGUCUCACCGAGGCCCUCUCUAAUCAGCUGUUCGGCCUAACCUCUAAUAUUACUCGGUUGUCGGAUCAGAUCGCUUUGCUGGGCACGAGGAGAGACUCCGAGCGAGUGCGCGAGAGAGUCCAUAAUCUCCUGGAACAGGCCCGAUCGGGUUUCAAGGAAGUCGGAGAGGGGAUCAAGAAGGUUCAGACAUGGGAGGACGUCAACCCAUCCCAGAAGUGGACGCAGCAAAAGCUGUCUUCCGAAUUCAAGGCCACUCUAGAAGAAUUCCAGACUGUCCAGCGCCGUGCGCUAGAAAAACAGCGCGCAUCUGCAGUAGCAGCGCGGACUGCUGUGGAUGAGGGUGAAGUACCUCCCGAGGAUGCCGAGGCGUACCACCAGCAACAGGUGCAGCAGCUCGAACAACAGCCUCGACUAGCGAAUCAAGACGAGGUGGACUUCCAGGAGACCCUGAUCAUCGAGCGUGAGGCGGAGAUUCGCAACAUCGAGCAAAGUGUCGGUGAACUCAACGAGUUGUUCCGCGAUGUGGCCCACAUUGUCCACGAGCAAGGCGGCCAGCUCGAUAUCAUCAGUGAGAACGUUGAGCGGGUCAACACCGACACUCGAGGCGCAAAUGUCGAGCUACGCGGAGCCAGCCGGCAUCAGAAGAAUGCACGAAACAAGGCCUGCUGCCUGCUUGUCAUUCUUGCAGUCAUCCUUCUCAUCAUUGUGCUGGCCGCUACUCUUGGUUGA